AUGAAAGCUGGCCGCGCAUUUGGUUGCCUCUUCUGGGCGUUGCUCUAUUGUGUGCUAUAUUUAGAUUUGACCAAUGCCAGCGAGGAUGAGCUGCUGGACUUUGAUUUUGCCGACGCCAAAGAUACAGACUCGGCAUUUGAUGAUUGGCAGCUGGAGGAUGAGCGGCAGGUGCAGCAGUCGGAUAAGAAACUCGAGGAUAAUAUGCUGGACUUUAGUGUCGAUCUGGAUGAACCGGAGCCGGAGAAGCAACUGCCGCCCUUUGACUGGCGUGAGAAAGUGCUACGCACAGCCUUGGCCAAGGCUCUAACAGAUCGUGUGCUGCGCCAGAAAUUCGCCGAAGUGAUGCCCAUACUGCGUGUGCUUUCCUCUCAGCAGCGUCUAGCACUCUCAGCUCUGAUUUCCGCACAAAUGAAUGCCAAGCAGGGUCACGAGCUCAGACUGGAGCAGGUACGCAUGAUGUUUGGCGAUGACAAGAAACUGCUGCUGCCCAUUGUCUAUGACUUGGCCAAUCUUGUAAAGAGUUCCGCCCGCAAGUACAUUCAACUGGGCAGCGAUUUGGCAGCUGCUGCCUUGAGACACACUCCGCUGCAGAAGCGCAAGGAUGUGCUGACUGUGGAAGAGUCGGAACAGGAUGACAGCGUGGGCACAAUUGAUGUGAGCGCUAAGCCAGAGGAAGCUGCUGCUUCCCUAGAGGAUUUCUUUGAUGAAAUGCAAUCGGAGCUGCUGGAUCCACAGAUGAUCAAUGAGGCACUGCAGGCGGCCACACCCACAACAGUCACUCCCACUCCCAGUCCCAGUAGCAGCUCCAACUCCAGCUCCACCCAUGGCCAGCGAGUGCGUCGUUCAGCCAAUGAAUUUGUGCAUAAGCUGACGCGCUCUGUGCCCAUUUCCGUCACGGAACAACAGCUGUUGGGUGGUGCCGCCGGACGUACAAUUAAACUGAAUACAACGGCGUUUCAGCAGCCCAGUGGUGCAGUUACAGAACCCGCUAGCAGUCAGACAACCUCCGAAACAAUUCCCAGCUCUACUCUAUCCUAUGAGGAAAUCGAGGAUCUCGCCUUUGCCGGUCUUAAUGGCACAGAGCUUCCACUGAUCACCGCCGAUGAGCGCAAUUAUCAGGUGAACAAUGGCAACAGCAGUGCAGAGGAGCCACUGCCCAGUCCAGAGGAGCUGAUUGCCGGUCCACGUUACCGCCUCAACAGCAACAAGCGAUACGGUCAAAAGAUGCCUCCCAUCAAGCGAAAGCGUGUCCAGAGUUCGUUGCACAGUCGAGGCAGACCCAAGACCUCGGCCAGUUCCCACAAUCCUGUAGUGGUUUCGCAUAAGAAAUGCGAGCGGUUUACCAACAACAUGUGCAUUCGCACCGAUGAUUAUCCGCUGUAAGAUCCACUUAGUUAGUUAGCUGGCUUUUGGGUUGGCUCCACGGUUGCUCAGGGUUCCCCCCGGUUGUACCUUCUAGUUGAUUUACUCCUUAGUUUAGUUGUAAUCCUAGUGAGAUAUUAGUUUAAAUAAAAAUGUAAUUUACUUCA